GAAUGGCUGGCUCCUUCUCUCGUUGUUGUCGGAGAACAGGCGGAGAUGAGACAAGAGAUGAAGAGUCAUGCCAGGAGGAAGUCGGUGACACCGAAAGAAGGUCAACGAUACAUGAAGAAAUGAAAUGACAAGUUGCCAUGUUAACGAGGAGUUUGUCGAAAAUUCAAAGAAUAAGCCAAUUAUCCAAACUUCAACGACAACUCACUGCCUAAUCACGGAGAUCAACUGGCAUACUAUGAG